CGGCCCUGCGAGACAACUCUUCACAACCACCGAGCAUUUGUCAUUUCCGGGUAAGAUGGCUGCAGUGCGUGUGCUGAGGACCUGGAGCCAGAAUGCUGGGCGGCUGAUUUGUGUUCGCUACUUUCAGACAUGUACGAAUGUUCAUGUUUUGAAGCCAAAAUACGUGUGUUUCUUUGGUUAUCCUUCAUUCAAGUAUAGUCAUCCACAUCAGUUGCUGAAAACAACUGCUGCUCUGCAGGGGCAGAUUGUUCAGUUCAAACUCUCAGACAUCGGAGAAGGUAUUAGAGAAGUAACUAUUAAAGAAUGGUAUGUAAAAGAAGGAGAUACAGUGUCUCAAUUUGAUAGCAUCUGUGAAGUUCAAAGCGAUAAAGCUUCUGUUACUAUCACUAGUCGUUAUGAUGGAGUCAUUAAAAAACUGUAUUAUAAUCUAGACGAUAUUGCCUAUGUGGGAAAGCCAUUAGUAGACAUAGAAACGGAAGCUUUAAAAGAUUCAGAAGAAGAUGUGGUUGAAACUCCUGCUGUGUCCCAUGAUGAACACACACACCAAGAGAUAAAGGGCCAGAAAACACUGGCAACUCCUGCAGUUCGCCGCCUAGCAAUGGAAAACAAUAUUAAGCUGAGUGAAGUUGUUGGCUCAGGAAAAGAUGGCAGAAUACUUAAAGAAGAUAUUCUCAACUAUUUGGAAAAGCAGACUGGAGCUAUAUUACCUCCUUCGCCAAAAGCUGAAAUAGUGCCACCUGCACCAAAACCAAAAGACAGAACUAUUCCUAUACCAGUAUCAAAACCUCCAGUGUUCAUAGGCAAAGAUAAAACGGAACCCAUAAAAGGCUUUCACAAGGCAAUGGUCAAGACCAUGUCUGCAGCCCUGAAGAUACCUCACUUUGGAUAUUGUGAUGAAGUUGACCUUACUGAAUUGGUCAAGUUAAGAGAAGAAUUAAAAUCCAUUGCUUCUGCUCGUGGAAUUAAACUCACCUUUAUGCCCUUCUUCCUAAAGGCUGCGUCCUUGGGACUACUACAGUUUCCUAUCCUUAAUGCUUCUGUGGACGAAAACUGCCAGAACAUAACUUACAAGGCUUCUCACAACAUUGGCAUAGCAAUGGAUACUGAGCAGGGGUUGAUUGUGCCUAAUGUGAAAAAUGUCCAGAUGUGCUCCAUAUUUGAGAUCGCCACUGAGUUGAACCGCCUUCAGAAAUUGGGCUCUGUAGGUCAGCUCAGUACCACUGAUCUUACAGGAGGAACAUUUACUCUUUCCAACAUUGGAUCAAUUGGUGGUACCUAUGCCAAACCAGUGAUACUGUCCCCUGAAGUAGCAAUUGGGGCUCUCGGAUCAAUUAAGGCCCUUCCCCGAUUUAACCAGGAAGGAGAAGUAUAUAAAGCACAGAUAAUGAAUGUGAGCUGGUCAGCUGAUCACAGAAUUAUUGAUGGUGCUACAAUGUCACGCUUCUCUAAUUUGUGGAAAUCCUACUUAGAAAACCCAGCUUAUAUGCUACUAGAUCUGAAAUGAAGAUUCAUCGGAUGUCUUUGAACUUUUUGAGCUUCCAAAGAAUAUGUAGAGCUAGCUGUGCAGCUUCAUCACAAUGUGUAUUAGAAAUGAUCUGUAUUAUAUGAUUAAGGUUCCAAGGCACAAUAUUUCUCACUGUUCUGUUAGACUUUUUACCGAAAAUGAAUGAUGGUGUAAGAGUUCUUCUGCGGCUGUCACAUUUUAUAGGUCAUGAUGUCACUUCUUAAUAUGGUGCUGAGGUCUUUGUGUCCAUGGGUUGAAACUAGCAAGAACAACAAAAUUAAUGUUACUAAAAGACACACUGCCAUAUCCAGUGUUUACCCUAUCUUUCUUUCUUUUUUCUUUUUUUAUUUUAGACUGACCUUAGUGAAACUUCUCAGUUACACUUAGUUAGGAAAAGGAAUUCAUGUACAGAAAUAUCUUCCAUUUCCCCACAAUAGAAAUGAGAGAUAACACUAACUCUUGGAUAAGUGCAAUUACUUAACCUUUUAAGAUAUCCAUGAUUAUGUUGCUCCAUAGAGAUUAUCUGUAAAUUUCUUGUUUAUAUAAAUUAAUAUCUUUUAAAGGGGAAAAUUAUAAGCUAAUCUUGAAAAUUGCCCAAUUAUAGGGAUGCUUGGCUGGCUCAGUCAGAAGAGCAUGUGACUCUUGAUUCCAGGAGUCAUGAGUUCAAGCCCCACAUUGGGCAUUGAAAAUAAAAAAUAGCCCAAUUAUAGUUUUAUAACCAGUAAGGCUGUCAAAAGCAUUUGUUUAAAAUGAAUAUACUUUUCGAAUUUUGGUAACAUUUUUUGUGUUUUGUUAGGAAAAAACUUCACCUUGGCAAACUUGCCUCAUGUAAGGAAAGUGCUUUAAAUGUAGCAGCUGCUGACAUUGUCUUAAUUUGGAAGUCCAUUGCCUUUUAACUAUUUUUUAUCCUCCUUGCCUUUAGCUGAAACAUAGGAUAGGAUAAUGUGUUCCAUUCUCAGUAUCCUGAGAAGGAAUGUGAAUACGAGGAGAGAGAAGAGUCUAAUGGGUAAUUAUGGACAUUAAAACGAUAAAUAUUCUAUAGAAAUGAAGGUAUCAGAAUGAUCAUUUUGUAAGAGGCCCACUUUAAUCAGAAGUAGCAUCAAGGUGAAUAUAAUCCAACAUUUUGAUUUGCAUUCAGAAAUCCAGGUUGCUUCUAAUAUUGUCUAUAUGUUCAAGUGAAAUUUUGUAACAAAAAAGUUGUUGUAAAUCUCAAUUUUUUUCAAAAUGAGAAUCAUGUAAAUUAGAAAAUAAUCAAAUGAAUGUUAUUUUUAAAAUUUAGAUAGUACAUUAAGGAGUUACAAAGAAAAUGAAGUCAUCCAUAAUCAUAUUACUGUUAACAUUUAGAUCAAGGUAUCUGUAUACAUAGCUAUUCUUUUUAUAACAAUGAGAUCAUGCUAUAUCUACUAUUUUAUAAUUUGAUUUUUUAAUUUAACAUUAUGGGUAACUUUACAUGUCAAUAAACAAUUCUACAUUAUUGUACUUUAA